GAAGAAACAUCUGUAUUUGUCAGGCAAUGGAAGAGACCAUGAAAGCCGAUGAAAAGAAGUUCCGCUUUCUUAUCGAUGGGUUCCCACGAAACCAAGACAACCUGCAGGGAUGGAACACUGUCAUGGACGGGAAGGCGGAUGUCAAGUUUGUGCUUUUCUUUGACUGCGGUAAUGAGGUUUGCAUCGACAGAUGUUUAGAGCGGGGGAAGAGCAGCGGACGCACCGAUGACAACAGAGAAAGUCUAGAGAAAAGGAUUCAGACAUACCUCCAGUCCACACGGCCCAUUAUAGAGCAGUACGAGAAGCAGGGGAAGGUGCGCACGAUUGAUGCCUCCCGAUCAGUGGAUGAGGUGUUUGCAGAUGUGAAGAACGUUCUGGAGAAAGAAGGCUAAACGUCCACAGCAAAAAUCCAAAUUCUUGAAAAUUAAGGUGUCUGUUUAUUGUCGGCAGCGCUAUGCCUUCAUGUACCGAUAUAUAUACAUUUUUACUCAUUCGGCAGUAAAAUAGGGGGGGUUUUUUUUAGACGCGAGAGAGUGUGCUUAUAUCUAUGUUUGUAAGUCUGAAAGGAAAACACUUUUGCUGAGCAAGCAAUCCUUACUUGCUCAAUACUACACUGAUGAGGAACAAUAUUUGAUUAGAGAAUCAAGCAAGCUUGAGCAAUAAUGUUCAGUGCACUUCUGUAGGAAGAGAACAUGCACGGUUCUGCUCUCAACUUCAGGAUAAUCUUCCAUUCAGUGUAUAAAAUACUGCAGUUCCUAUUGGCUCCUGCACUUAACCGUUUCAUUCUCUAAGCUAUGAAUGACCAACAGGAAGCAAGAGUGUUGGAGUAGAUUUCCAGACCUGUUUGUGUUCUGUUUGUUUUGUAUAGUAAUCCACAGCAGGUUCUGAGGACCGUUUGCUGGAGAGCUGAGUUUUAGCUGUAUGUUUUUCUUUUAUCAGAUUGUGGCUGCUGUGUUCCAAACACGUGCCAUCUUUGCUCAGGCAGUAGAUUUUAAGAUGUGGGGAAUGGGGGCUCAUGCUUUUAUUUGAUCGUCUCAGCAUCUUGGUGUUGUUCAUGAAGAAACUGAAUUUGUCUUAUUGUGACCGUUCCAUAACACAAAACAAUAUAUGGAAUAUCAAGGAUGACAGAACCCACUGAAAAAAA